AUGCUCGACUGCCAGCUCGACAAGGAUGGGAACCCGCGCCCCAAGCGGCCGAUACCUAAGAUUAUCGGGAUUCGGCAGCAUAUGGAGAUCCAGCGGGUCAAGCAGAUGGAGAAGCAGGGUCCUGAUAGCUGGCUAGUGCGGAAGUUCGCGGUCGGACUUGUCGCCGGAAUCUUCGGCUACAGCUACUAUAUCUACGUCGUGCGACUAUGCAUACCAAUGAUCCGGAUGGAGAGCGACCGAUUAGGUGGGAGAGCGCAGGGCCUCGCCUACCUCGUCAUCUUCCACUUCCUCUUCGUUAUGUUCGUCUGGACGUACUACGUGGCGGUCACGACUGCGCCAGGCUUCGCGCGGGAUUACGUGCCCAAGACGGACCCUCCCCAAGCGCAAGAAGAGUAUAUCACAGUCGCUGGCCAGCGCUUCGAGGACCAGCCGAACACCCACGAACCGAAGCUCUUGCCCGCCGACGACCUGCAUUCGCCACGAAGACGGCGACGCGGACGACGGGUCGAAGACGAGAAUCUCGACGAACUCGACGACGACUACGAGGGAGACUCGUCGGGAGAGCAGGUCGAAACUGUCGAGAUGAGCGAGAAGCGGAGACAAUCGCUCGUCUCGCAGGUUCACGACGACGACCAGGUUGCCGAGGCAAGCCCAGCCGCCGGUGCUCUCGGCCCGGCGAUCGGCGCAGCACUAGCAAACGCCCAGAGCCCGCCGACCGACUCGCCGGUGACGCCCGAGGUCCUCUCCUCCUCAGCGAAUGGCAAUGGCCUUUCACCUGCAGACGAAGAUCGAGGUCGCCACGACUCCGGCGGCUCAGUCACACUCGUUCACUCCUCUUCCUCGCCAGAUGCGCCUACGUUCCCCCCGAAAGUCCACCUCUCGAACGGCACGGACGGCAACGAACCACAGCCCCGUACCUCCCAAUCCUCCGCCGCUCCGUCAUACUUGCACUUCGCCGAGCCGCCCGACGACUGGGAACCUCCGAAGCGCCUUGCGGUCGAGCGAGUCCCGAACAGCGCGCCGGUCUUGACGGAGCGGUACCGGUACGACCCGAGGGAGGGGAUCGUCAGGCCGUACCGGAGUCAUCGGUGCAGACACUGCGCUGCGAUCGUCCUGAAGAUGGACCACCAUUGCCCGUGGGUCGGUAGCUGCGUCGGCGCGCGCAACUACAAGUACUUCUACAACUUCCUCCAGUACUCGACACUGUACACCUUCUUCGUCUUCCUCACCCUCCUGAUCGCGCAAACCCUCCCACUCGGCACCUUCACCGCGAAUCGCCCCUAUCCCGGCGUCGACGGUCAACAAGUCGCCAUCAUCGCCCUAUCGUUCCUCUUCUUCCUCUUCACCUGCUCGCUGUUCACUGCCCACACGAUGCUCAUCCUCCGCAACGUGACGACGAUCGAGGAGAUUAGCGCGAAGCGAAUGAGGCAGAGAGAGCGGGCUGCGCUCAGCAGCACGUACAAGUUCCUGCAGUGGAGGGCCAAGCGCGAUACGGUGCGCGAGUGGAACAAGCAGUGGGGACGCAUCGGCAAGGAGGGUAACCUGUGGUGGCUCGGUUCGAAUCGAGCGAACUGGGAGAUGGUUAUGGGCAAGGCCAAGCUGGGCUGGUUCCUGCCUAUCCCAGCACGUCCUGUACACGACGAUGGCCUGCACUACGUGCCGAACCCGCGCUUCAGCCCAGAGGGCUACUGGCGGCGUCGCUCCGAGUGGCCCGUCGAGCUUCGUUGA